UGUAGUUAGAUAUUUUUCUUCCUGGAUAAUGCGAUGAGUGUCAAAAAUAUACAUGUUGUGAUUGUGCUCUUUUCACUCAUAGGUAUAGAAACUAUAAAUGUUCAAAUACAGGCAACACCUUCAGAUGGAAUUCUUGGACAGACUAGUUUACAGUUGAGAUGUUCUUAUACAGCUGUGACAGGAGAAUAUGUCACAGGUGCAACUAUUCAGGCAAAAAUAAACGGACAGUUUAAAAAUAUAGCCACAUUUUACACUCCAUCAGUUCCACUCAAUGCAAGCUUAACAACUGAUGGGAAUUAUCUAACAAACAGAGUGACACUUACCAACCCAACAACUAAUAUGAUAGAUUCUGCUGUAAUACAGUUUUCUCAGAUAGCUUGUGCAGAUGAGAAUGAGUACAUAUGUCAAGUGGCAUAUGCAGGUUCAGAUGGAAGUACUUCUGCAAGUUCUGGUGUUGCUAAUAUAAAUGUUAAAGGUAAUCCAAAACAACCAGACAGUGUUCCAUCAUAUGUACCAUCAGCUGGGAUAGAAGAAGGAAACGAUGUUGUAUUUAAAUGUACUGGAAAUGUUGGUAAACCACAAGGCAGAUUCAAAUGGAUGAGAUACAGACGUAACACCAAUGGUGAUACUCUACAGGAAACACCAUAUGAAUCAGAAACCACUACAGCUGUUCAGAUGACAGGAACAUGCACAUUUAAUGGUUCCAGUCAGCUGACACUUCAUAUGGAACAACUAGAUACUAAUGCGGUAGUUAGAUGUCAGGUUAUUUAUCAAGAUGUACCACAAGGGAGUUUAUACAGACAGACUGAUGGCAUUAAUGUAUAUUAUAGUGUAAGAAAUGUACAAGUUACAAAGUCUCCUAUCAUUCCAACAUUUACUGAAGGAGCAGGACUCAUAAUUCUAACGACUUGUACAUCAGAUGGAAAUCCUGCCGUAACUAACACCGGUUAUACGUGGUACAAAGAAUUCAACACCAGUGUGCCAAUAUGGACUGGUCCUACAUUUUUCAUCACUAAUGUUGUGGUUAAUAAAACAUAUAACUACAUAUGUGUAGCACAGAACAGUUUUAAUGGACAAACAUUCAAAAUGAUCAACUCUAUACACAUUCAAAUAGACUUUACCACUACAACUUAUUCCACGACUAUAACAAAAACAGAGAUAGUUUUUACCACACCAAAUACAUCCAGUACAAAGAGAGAUCAAGAAGGUUCAACUAUGGUGAUUCCAAUAUUAGUUGCUUUGGUAGUAGUAUUAAGUGUUCUGCAACUUGGAGAAAUAAUUAGUUUAUUUAUAUUACAUAAAAAAGGGAUUGUAAAAUUCAAGACGGGAAAGGAUAUUCAGAUUUAUGAAGAUGUCAAUAGAAGAAGUACAGAGAAACACGUUUAUAGUUCAAUGAACAGAGCUGCAGAGAGCGAGAAUAGUGAAUAUAAUGAAAUUCACUGACGUCUUUAUCUACCGUCGAGAUACAUAUGAAAGGUUGUGUAACAAAUGGAAGGGGAUAAACUGUUUUUAAUGUUGUAACAUAAGAAACAGUAUAUCACAAAAUCAUACAUAAAACUCAUUCAGAUAUGUCGCUAUGAUUGAAGAUGAGCUAGACACAAUAAGAAUGAAAUGUUUUUGACGUUGCAUCAAAAUCAUAACAUAAGCUGUUGAUCGACCAAAUGCAGAUGGCUACUGAUCGACCAAAUGCAGAUGGAAGAACAUUUAUACAAACUUAAGAACCAUAUAAAAACCCUUAACAUUUGUUACAAAAAGGUCAUUCAAAUUGUAAGCAUAAUUCCAUGUCCCACUUAAAAAACAUCAAAAAAAAAUCUGAUUAAAAGUAUUUACUUAAAAUUCUUUUAUCACAAGAGGGUUAACUACAACUACUACUACUACUACAUUAAGUAAUCUACUGCUCAAUUUCAUAUGGGUUCUCUCCACUUUAGUUACCAAUGAAAAGAAUCCAAGAUUGUAAAUCACUUGCAUGAGAUUUUGUAAAUCUCAAUUAUAGUUAAAUUACCCUUCAUGUUAUAUUUCUAAAUGAAAAUAUAUAAGACGGUAUUGCAUGUACGUUACGAUUCUUAAUGUACAAUGUUUGUCGAAAAGUGUUGCUGUAAUCAAUUAAGGCAUUGAUUUUGCUUGAUUGAUUGUUUUGGUGUUUAACGCCACUUUCUACACUAUUGUGUUAUUUCGUGGCGGUCAGUUUUUAUUGGUGGAGGAAGCCGGUGUCCCCAGAGAAAACCACCGACCUUUGGUAGGAAAACUGACAAUCAUACUCAAUUAAGAUUGGAGUCGAGUGCUCCUGGCCCGUGCGGGAUUCGAACUCACAACCUCAGUGUUGACUUGUGGCGUAUAUCUAAAUGAUAUAAUUAUAUAAUAUUAAUAAUAUGCAGGGUUUUUUUUGUUAAAAGGACAUGUGCAUGUAGCUUUUAAUUUUCGUUUUUGUGAUCAAAAUUGCAAUGUUUGUAAUUAUCGUGUAUAGAUGACGUGGGAUGAUGCAGAAACAAUGUGGAAGUUUCCAUAUAUAUGUUACAAUGCAAAUUGGAAUUAAGUAGAAUCCAGAAUCCUCCUAUUACUAGACGUUGCAUUACUAAAUUUUUCUCUAUCAUUCGUGUUAUUUCUUUGUAUCAGCUUUUAAAAAUGAGAAUAACGCUUUAUAAAUUAGUUGCGUGAAAAGUGCCUCUCUGGAUCUACCUUCAACGGGAGCGAUCAUACCAAAAAGAUGAGAGCCAAGGGUGCAUAACUACUUAAACACGUAUAGACCUCUGUGGCUUCAAAGAAUAAGCAAAUCAAUCUUAGGUCAACUUUGCCCCAGGAUGUUGGAAUUUAAAACAAAAAUAAUUUUCAAUUCGAAAAAAGGCAAUUUCGUCGACUCAUUUUCUUAAAAUGACCGGUAAAUAUUGGAUACUACUUCAAGAAGAAGUCUACAGAUUUUAUAAUGUGUAUUUCCCAUUUAUGUUCACAUCCGUCUCCACUGAUAUUUGUAAGGAGAAACAAAUGGACGUAGUACAUUUGCUGUUGGAAUAUCAAGAAUGGGUUAAUUGAAGUCAAUCAUGGCGAUUUUCUUUAGUCCCAUGGGAGUAUGAUUUAAACUUUAACUUGAAUAUUGCUAAACUAAUUGAUCUAAACCACAGACUUUCAACAUGAUAUUGACCAGACUUAACAGAUGCAAAUACCUAAUAUAGUUUUAUAAUAAAUGAAUGAUUCCAGCUAGAUAUAUAUUUAUA